AUGGAGGACACAUCGAAUAUAGACAUCUUUAUAUGUGAUGAUGAUUUUAAUAUUAGUGAUGAUGAUGGUGAUCAGAAUGAUGAUAAUGCUGAGAAGGAUGGUGAUAACCAUAAUGAAAGUCAUGAUAGUGUGACAAUACUUGAGAAUUUCGAUUUAAAUGAUAUUCUUAAGGAAGUAGAAGAUACCAAUUCGUUGUUAGAUGUUAUGGACGAGUUGAAAAAUGCAGAAAACAAUGAGAGAAAUAUAAAUGAUGUUAUUGACACUACACAAAACAAUGAUACCAUCACACAAAGUUUAGUAGACAAUAACAAAACAGGAGACUUCAAUAAUAUAGGAAACAGCAACAUAGAUUCACAGCAAACCAUAUUAUACACAGUUCACGGUUUCACUGAUAACACUCAUAUAAGUCAGAGUCAGGAAGAUUUAGUUAUAGCAAACAAACACUUACUUAAUAGAUCCAAUACAGAGGAAUGUAUUUUAAAUGAUUUACCCACUGAUGCAAUAAAAGAAGUUCAUUCAAAUGAAAUCAAAAGAAAAGAAUUUAUUUCCAAUGAAAACACUCAAUUUCAAAUGGAAACAGAAUUUUCUGACGAUUCAAACGAGCAAAUGCAAACAGUAUCUAUAAAAACUUUAAAAGAAUUGAACAAAGUAAAAUGUUAUUUGAACAAAAAGGAAAGAUAUUUCAGUGAUGAUUGUAAUUCUUUGGAUUCUGGUUUUAAGAGUUCCCAACCAAGAAGUUCUUAUAAAAGUGGUAUGGAUUUAAACUCAUCACAAUUCUCUGAAAUACGGAUAAACGAAUCAGCGCACUGUCUACUGAGUUUUCUAUCAGAGAGUCAGUUUUCUGAGAGCACUGCAGAAAUUGCAGAAGAAAUAUCUAAAAUUUUAGGCAAGCUAGUUGACAAAUUGCAUGAAGAGGAGAACUAUCCCAAUUUUCUCGAGGAUAUGCUGGAACAAAUCAAUAUGUUAUUGGAUGACAUUUAUGAAGGAAACGACGAGGGACCUAACACUACUUUGCUGAUAAAGAUAUUUUUUUCACGUUUGUUUCAGUUGUUAGAAAGAGAUGCAACUAUUCACCGUCUUUUAUUGUUAAAUAGAUCAACACAUAUAAUACAUUAUACAUUAGAAAAAAUUGUCGCCAUACUAGAAAAAUCCUGUACAGCAAUAACCAAUGAUAUUUACGAACUCAAAAAUGUAGAAAAAGCCGAAAACCUAUGCUACAUUUUCCAUAUAUUAGAAGUAAUUUUGAAAAGAUUAAAAAAUACAAACCAACUAAGUCAAAUUAGUAUUCCAAAUUCACAAGAGGACAGGAUUUUGAAAAAGAGUUCCUUGACUGAUAUGUGGAGGAAAAAAUGGAAUUUGGAAAAAUGUGUAAAUUUUGAGGGUAGUGCGAAAAAGAAUUGUAUUUUGACUCUAUGUAGUAGUGUAUUAAACAAGAUAAUAGUGCAAGCUAUGGACGGGUACAGUUUGAUAUCGUAUGCUGCCUUGCAGUGUUUUAAUUUGCUGCAAAAUUAGUUUUUUGAGGGUAGGGCAAAGAUAAACUGUGUACUAAGGAAGGUAGUUAAGAAAAACUGCUUCAUGUAUGGAUUUCGACAAAAGUGUCCAGUUUUAAAUAAUAAGUUAAUAAUAUAAAAUAAUUUUUAAGUGUUCAUAAUAGGACAAGAUUUUGAAAAAGAGUUGACCGAGUUGAGAGAAUCGACCGAUUUAUGGAAAAAAAAACGGAAUUUUACAAAAAGUGUCAAUUUUGUGGGUAAUGCUAAGAUAAACUGUGUAUUAAGAAAAGGUAGUUAAGGAAAACCGUCUUAAGUACGGAGUUAGCCAAAAAGUAACCAGUUUUAAAAGAUAAACUAUAGUUCUAAAGCCAAAAAAGUGUUCAUAAUUGGACAAGAUUUUGAAAAAAGUGACAAUUGUGAGGGUAGUGCAAAGAUUUAUUUAGAGUAAUUAAGGAAUAUCGUCUCAUGUACAAAUUUAGACAGUGUUUACUUUUAAAAGAUUAAUUAUAAUAUUUUGAAUAAUACUGAUUUGUAGAGGAAAUAACAGAAAUUAGACAAAAAGUGAAUAUUUUGAGGGUAGUGCGAAGAAAAAUUGUAUAUCGACAAUAUGUAGUAGGUAGUGUAUUAAACAAGAUAACGGACGGCUUCAGUAUUUGAAGUAAAAUUUGUAUUUGUAAUAUAAUUUGUAGCAAAAUUAGCGGAAGCUCGCUUUUUCGUCCGCCCGUAGACCUCCUUAAUCCGGCCCUGUCGCAAAAUCCGUCCCUAACGUCUACUAACUGUAAGCUACCUUCCUGCCAAAUUUCAUCUUUAUACGUCAAGUGGUUUUCGAGAUUUAUAUAUUAGUUUUAUGAGGGUAGUUCAAAGAUAAAUUGUGUACUAAGGAAGGUAGUUAAGAAAAUCUGUUUCAUUUAUGGAUUUAGCCAAAAAGUGUCUAGUUUUAAAGAUAAACUGAUUUGUAGAGUAACAAUAUAACUGAUAAUUUUGAGGGUAGUGCGAAGAAUUGUAUACUUAAGUAGUCUAAAACAAAAUAAUAGUUAUUUCGAUACGUCCAACAAUCAUCGUCAUAUCUUUAUAAUACACAAUAUUAUCACAAAUUAUAUACCUAAACCUUUCUCUAUAUAUUGGUGAAAAACAUAUAGUUCAGUACUUUUGAACAGUACAGAAUUGUACUGUUCAGUAGUUUUUUUAGUUACUUGCGAACUUUGUUUUGUAAUAAAAUGAUUUUUUUGAGGAUAGUGCAAUUUUAUUACAUUAGAUAUAAAAUAUAUAAAAUAUGUAUCAGAGAUAGAUAAGGUAGCUUUGUUUUCAUUUGUUGGAAAAAUUUAAUAAAAUAUACUUUUAACUUAUAAAAUGUGUUUGAUUUUAUUAAAAAACAAUUGUUUUUCAAUUCAAAUUUCACGAUACUCUAAAGACCAAGGGCGGGGGCGCCACAGGAAAUUGCAACCGUCAAUGUCGUAGACAGAAAAAGUAAUAGACGAAUACAGCACAUCCGUUAACUUUCCUCACUCUUUUCUCAGAACACACGAGGGGUCAAAAAAGUGUAAUAAUAGAGUAAUAGAUUUUUAUACUUUUAUUUCAAAAAUAUAAAAAAAUUAAGUGUGAGCAAAUAAAUUACAACCUGAACUUAUUGAACAGAUAGCUUAAAAUAAAUUAGUGAAAAAAAGUGAAAUUCACGUCUAAGUUUUGACUGAU